CAUAAAACUCAAACUUGCUUGCUUGCUAUCAACAAAACAACAUAAAAAAAUGGGAUCUUUUACAUGGUUCGAUUGUGACACAAACAGGAAGUGAUGCAAAUCCUGCUCCGAUUGUUAACAACAAUCCGACCCGACCCGACCCGAUUUAUGUCCCGCUUUCACGCGCAUCACAGACAGCUGUUUAAAUUCGCAUCACAGCUGUAUGUUACCAUUCAUCAUUUUCUGACCGUUGGGGAGAAUGAAACCCUAAUUCUUCUUAUAAAUACAUACAAAGGCUUUUGCGCCGUUUUAAUUUCAUUCCUUAACUCUCACAAUACUCACUUUCACAAAAAUCGCUGUUCAUCUGCUUCGUUAGUUUCACUCACCGCUGAAGUUCAUCGCUCUCACUCACCGCUGUUCAUCGCUCUCACUCACCGCUGUGUUCAUCACUGAGAGACUCAAUCAAUUGAAGUUCCUUACUUGGUUCAUCGCUGUUCAUCUGCUUCGUUAGUUUCACUGAAGUUCAUCGCUCUCACCGAAGUUCCUUCCUUGGUUCAUCGCUCUCUGACCCAUUGGUUUCAUUUCAUUCAAGACUCAAUCAAUUUGGUAAAGUUUUCAUCUUUCUUUAAUUUCUGAGUUUCUUUCUUUCAUUUCAUCGCUUCGAUUACUUAUGCAAUUUGUUUAUUCAUUGUUGAUUUUCAGACUCAUUCUUCCUUCUACUUUCUACCCUCUUCACUCACUCACUCUCUUACUUCCAUUAUUAUUCAUUACAAUCCAUUCAUUCAUUCAUUAUUCCAUUUCAUUCAUUCAUUCAUCGCAAAUAUGAACCUUUUCACUACUAACAAUCCAUCAUUCCCCGCUGGGCUUAGAGUACUUGCAGUCGAUCAUGACACCUACGAUUUCUACACUAUUCACCACAUUUGCAAUCAAUUACACUAUCAAGUUACAUCAUGUUCUACAAUUUCUCAAGCAAAGCAGCUCUUGUCGACAUCACAUUUCGACAUCAUACUCGUCGAAACUCAUAUUCCACAGCAAGAUACUUAUGCAUUUGUUCAACAAGUGACUUCACAUUUGAAAAUUCCGGUGAUUAUGAUGUCGCUUGAUAACCGAACCUGUUCUGUUAUGGAUUCCAUUUCCAACGGGGCUUGUAGUUACUGGGCCAAACCACUGGAUGAAAAUCUAUUCAAAAAUAUGUGGCAAUAUGUCGUGCGGCAACAUCUAGUGCAAAAGGAAAGCGAGGCUAAAGGGCUUAAAAAGCGAGGAAGAGAACAUCCAGUGCAAAUGGAAAGCGAGGCUAAAGGGCUUAAAAAGCGAGGAAGAGAUGAUGAGGUUCAUGUUUCUAAACAACCUCCGGCAAAGAAAGCUCGUUUCUCUUGGACAGAUGAUUUGCACCAAAAAUUUGUGUCGGCCGUGGAUCAUCUUGGGAUUAAAAAUGCAAAGCCUAAAAAUGUUCUGAAGAUCAUGGAUUGUCCUGGCUUGGAAUUACAGCAUGUAGCUAGUCAUUUGCAGAAAUAUAAAAUGUAUUUAGAUGGUGGGAUAAAAAAUUCAAAGAUGAAUCAGAAGAACAAUGAAACACAAGCACAGGAUCAAGAAAUUGAUGAAACCGAAGUAUUUUUUAGCUUGACUGAUUUUUUCCCCGAUCUUAACGAUGAUGAUAUACACAAUAACAACUAUGCUGUUUUAGCUGAGAGCAUUGAUUCCCCUAGCACCUCUCUUCCACAGCUUGGUCAAUAUUCAAUGACACCACCUGAUCAAUGUGACGAUUCCGACAUAUUUUCUAAUUUGACCGAUUUAUUCCCCAAUCUUAACGAUGAGAUACACAAUGGGAUGUGGUGACUAUAAAGAAGGCAACAUUGAAUAUCUCAUUCCACCUUCACGACAUUUGUUUCUAUUUUAGUCAUAGUAUAUCAAUUAAGCUUUAGGCUUAUGUUUUGUAACAAGGGCACUAUUAUAAAAGGCCCAUUUCUGUGUUUUGUUCAUAUUGAAUCAAUAAAAAUAUAUUUUUUUU